AUGGCCCCUACCAACCCUCCCACGAAGAUUGCAAACCAGUGGCCCUCAAUCACUGAGGCGGGAUUCACCCGUGUUGAUGCCGUUGCUCCUGUCCCGGGAAAGAGCGACCAGUCCUAUGUCUUCCGCGGCUCGCAGUACAUUCGAAUUCACGUUGAUGCAGCUACGCUUAAAGACAGCAUGACCGGGCACCGCGUCGCUCGUGAUAUACAGACUUGGUCUACCAUCAAGAACGCCGGCUUUACCACCAUUGAUGCCGCGAUGCGUGUACCCGGAAAGGAAGAUCAGCUAUACUUCUUCUCCGGCGGAAAAUACCUACGGUGCAAACUAGACAUGUCUUCACUAUCCGACACUCCUUAUGACACCGGUCCAUACGAAAUUGAAAGUCAAUGGCCAGUGCUGGCAGACUCUGGCUUUAGGACCGUUGAUGCAACCAUGGAGGUCCCCGGACAUCCCAACCAGUGGUACUUGUUCCGUGGGGCGAACUACGUUCGGUGCAGAAUUGACCCCGAGACCCUUGUUGAGAGUCGACAUGCGCAGGGAAAUAUUGAGGAGAACUGGCCAACCUUGAAGGAAGCGGGAUUCUCUACGGUCGAUGCGUGUAUGCCUGUACCAGGCAAAGACGAUCAGGUCUAUGUAUUCAGCGGGACGGAGUACAUCAAAAUCAAGAUCGACAAGCAAACAUUGAGGGACACUCGUGUUUAA